AUGGCGCGGGCGGAGUCGCCUCCUGGCGAUUCCCAUCUGGCGAGGCCGCGGCGCUCACGUGCUGAGCGCACGGCGGCGAGGAGGAGGGCCCUGGCCUCCUGCGACAAAGGGCUGGCGGCUGCCUGCGCGCGGAUCCGCGAGCUCGAGGGGCAGCUGGACCAGGCCCGCCACGUUGCUCGCGACAGGAUGGAGGCGGAGGCGGCGGCCGCGUCGGCUGCUGCGGCGCUUCGCCCCUCGGACGAGCUCCGCGAUGCCCUCGCGGGGCGGUUGGUGCAGCUUGGCCAAGCGCUGCUGCUCCACCAUCGCGCAGACGCGGCCCUCGGCAUGCAUCAUCAUCGGCUUGGGGACGCCCUGCGAGCCGUUGCCCAGUCGCUGGACCUCGGGCCCGAGUUCCUGAAGCUCGGCAUGUUGGUCAAGGGCGACGGCGACCGUGCUCGGCAUGAACCCCUUCUGCCGAGGCCGCUCGAUGUGCCGAAGGCGGCCGUGGACAUCCAGAUCGAGGUCUGCGUGGCCGAGCCUCCCUCGCGGAUCCUGCUGGCGCAGUGCGCGGGGCAGGCCGCGGCCGCCCAGCUCCGCAGGGGCGCGGCGCCUUUCUGGCCUCUGCGGCCCCCUGGCCGCUGGGCAGCAGGCGGAGGGGACGUGUGCGACCUUGCCUUCGCGGCGGAUGCGUGGCCCGGCCUCGUCUGCACUUGCGGGGCAGUGGUCUUCUCCUCGUGUGAUUUGUUGAGUGUGAGCGGGCCUCCUUGCCAGGAGGCGCCCGCAGAGAGCCCCCUGGCGAGCGGUACUGCUUGCGCUGCGACGCCGCUGCCGGGUUUGGAGCGCCUGGGGGCCCCCGCAAGCUGUCCGGCUGUCCUCCUCGGCAACGGGGUCACCGACAGCGUCAGCGACGGCGAGGGCAGCAACGGUGGCGACGUGCGAGACCUGGGAGCUGAUGCUGCCACGGCAUGCUCCCUCUCUCUCCCCGGCGCCGCCUCGGCGCCCAGCGCGGCCGUCUUGGACUUCCUGGACCGGUACGAUGGUGCCCUCCUGCGGGGGGGCGGAAGCGGUGGCUCCGCCGCGCCUGCUGCAGGCGUGGGCGAAGCGUACUCCCUCUUCCUCGACCCCGUCGACCUCGGCACCAUGGAAGCGGUGGCCUGGGGGCCUUACGCUGCGGUUGGCGCGCUGCUUGACCUAGCCGAGGCUCGGGCUGGGCUGCCGCCGCUCAGGCAGACCAUUUCCGUGGAUGAGUGA